AUGUCCUCUCAGCAAUCGUCAUACAAACCCCUCCCGCCCCCUCGGCGCAUCAUAACGACCCACAACGCGGCAGGCCAAGCAAUCCUCUCCACCUCCCUAGCCCCCGAAGUCCCCAAAGCCUCCGCGCCCGGCAUAGACCUCUACCUAGCUUACUCGUCCCCCUCCCUCCCCGCCCCGCUGCCCCAAGACGCCGAUCUCGCCGCCUACGAGACCCACCUCCCCAACAACAUCGGCAUCGCCCUCCCCGGCGGCCUCGCCGCCCGCAUCGUCGAUAUCCUGCCGGGCGGGCCCGACGUCCCGCUCCACCGGACCGAGAGCCUGGACACGGGCGUCCUGAUUGAAGGGGAGCUGGAGCUGGUGCUGGACAGCGGAGAGAAGACGGUCCUCAAGAGGGGGGACGUGUACGUGCAGAGGGGCACCAUGCACGGGUGGAGGAACUGUAGCGAGACGGAGACGGCGAGAUUCUUUGUGAUGCUUGCUGCGGCGGAGAUGCCCGUGUUUGAGGGGCAGAGGCUGGGCGAGGUGAUGCCUGUUCCCGACUCGGGGGCCGAGUAG